UCAUUCCAAGAGCGUAGUAUUCAUGUUGGAAAUGUAAAGCUACUCAGCAAAGUAUCUAUUUCAUUUCUAUAUAAGCCAGCUUGACUCUUACGUUCUUCAACAACCUCUAAGGAGAGCAGGGGAGAUCAGAUAAAAUGGGUUCAAAGCAGGUCUUCUGGUUUGCGAUUUUGUCCCUUCACUUGGCUAUCAUCUUGGCCUCUGAUCCUGAUCCCCUUCAAGACUUUUGUGUACCCAACCCAAGAUCUGCUGGUUUUAUCAGAUCAACAGUCCAUGGUAUGAUCACAAUUCCACCUUGCAAAAACUCCUCCGAGGUCACCACCGAUGACUUUGUCUUUUCCGGCAUGAAAGUUGCCGGGAACUUCUCGGACACUGGCCUAGCAGUGGUCUCUGCGAGUCCUGCUACCUUCCCCGGGCUCAACACUCUGGGAAUGUCAUUCGUGAGGGCAGACAUUGAAGUGGGAGGCAUUAAUCCGCCCCACUUUCAUCCGAGAGCCACCGAGAUAGCUUAUGUUGUAGAAGGAAGAGUUUAUUCAGGUUUCGUGGAUUCCAGCAACAGAGUGUUUGACAGAGUAUUGGAGCAAGGAGAGGUCAUAGUGUUUCCCAGAGGUUUGGUGCACUUCCUGAUGAAUGUUGGUGACAAGCCUGCUACGUUAUUUGGAAGUUUCAACAGUCAAAACCCUGGCUUGCAGAAGAUACCGUCAGCUGUAUUUGGUUCUGGGAUUGAUGGGAAGCUUUUACAGAAAGCUUUUGGAUUGACUCCAAAGCAGAUUGGCAGCAUGAGAAGAAAAUUUGAUCCCAAAGGGGCAAGGUAGAGCACAAGUAGUAGUGCAUAUGAUGUUGUCUGUUACUCGAGUUAUACGCUGAGGUUCAGUUUUCAUGGUUUGUUUGUCUGUCUGUUUCUUUUAGUUUCCUUCCCUUGUGAACCCAAUGUAGAUGACGAAUGGAGUGCUUCUUGGUUAUGUAAUAUAUCUAGAUCUAUGCUUCGCGAGGCAGCAAAUAGUCCCUUCCCCAAACCACACACAAGGGUUAAAGAAAAAGAAAUAUUGAUGUGUAAGUGGUGUUAAUCA